CCAAAUCCCUCUGACUCGGUGAUCUCUGAAGUCUGGAUAUUAUCUUCGCUUACUUCAGUCUUCACCUACCAUUUCUCCAGGUCAAGGGCAAUAGUAAUCAGUGAAUUGUUAACAAACCCUGAUAUAAUUGGCUCCCUGAUUCAUCUCUUCCACCACAAGAAGAAGAAAUGGCUUGCUCCGCCACUUCAACCACCGGCCUCAUCUCCUCAAUCGCCGCCACUACCAAAUCCAUGGCAUCUCCUAUCUCAAAACCCUCUCAAACCGUAACUCUACCCAGUUCCUUCUUUGGCCAACGUAAGCCCCUCCUCCAAUCUCGCUCCCCUCGAUCAGUCUCAUUGAAGCGCGGCAACCAUUCCAGGAAGAGCUUCGUUGUCAAGGCCAGUGGUGACCUUCCGCUGGUGGGAAAUACAGCACCAGAUUUCGAGGCAGAGGCUGUUUUUGAUCAGGAGUUUAUUAAGGUUAAACUCUCGGAGUAUAUUGGGAAGAAAUACGUGAUUCUCUUUUUUUAUCCAUUGGACUUCACAUUUGUUUGCCCCACAGAGAUCACCGCUUUCAGUGACCGUUAUGCAGAGUUUGAGAAGCUAAACACUGAAAUAUUGGGUGUUUCAAUUGACAGUGUGUUCUCCCACCUGGCAUGGGUUCAAACUGACAGAAAAUCUGGUGGUCUUGGAGAUUUAAACUAUCCCUUGAUAUCUGAUGUCACUAAAUCAAUUGCAAAAUCCUAUGGGGUGCUAAUCCCUGAUCAGGGAAUUGCUUUGAGAGGACUUUUCAUUAUUGACAAGGAAGGAGUAAUUCAACACUCCACCAUUAACAAUCUUGCUAUUGGGCGAAGUGUCGACGAAACGUUAAGAACACUCCAGGCAUUGCAAUAUGUGCAAGAAAAUCCAGAUGAAGUUUGUCCAGCAGGGUGGAAACCUGGGGACAAGUCAAUGAAGCCAGACCCCAAGCUGAGCAAGGAGUACUUCUCAGCAAUAUGAGAGGUGUUAGCAUUGAAACCUCAAUCUUCCAUGUCAAUUUUAAAACGCGAGACGUAAACAUUUUUGUUGUGUUUCAUAUAAUUUUCGAGUUUUUAGGAGCAGUUUGUGGAAUAAGAGCAUUGAAGAGUACUGAGGGGUCUUAGGUUCUAUUCCAAUGUAUUUGCAAGAUUAAUCUCGUGGUAAGUGUAUUGGAGUAAAUUUGAGAGAUUUCAGUUCUACUCUUUCAAUCUCACUCCUAUUUCUAA